UUUAGACACACACUCACUAUAUCCUAGAGAUGGGUUCGAACACCAACACUCCUAUAGCUCUCUUUCUUGCAUUUAACCUUCUUUUCUUUGCACUUGCUAGUGGUUGCACCACCUGCCCUGCCGCUACCCUAAAACCAGAUCAAUCUGGAGCAACCUGUCCAAUAGAUAUCCUUAAACUAGGUGUGUGCGCUAAUGUUCUUGGUAGUCUAAUUGGUAUUAUCAUUGGGCACCCACCAGUUAAGCCAUGUUGUAGCCUGAUCGAAGGCCUUGUUGAUCUUGAGGCUGCUGUUUGCAUUUGUACUGCUAUCAAGGCUAAUAUUCUUGGGGUCGUUCUGAAUGUGCCACUCUCUCUCACUUUGCUUCUCAAUGUUUGUAGCAAGAAUGUUCCGAAGGAUUUCCAAUGUGCUUAAAUAAUCAAUUAUUGAGUGUGAGAGAGACUAGGUGUGAAUGUUUAUUGUUUGAUCUUUAUUUGGGAGAAAAGAAUUUAA